AUCCAUGGUCAGUGAUGGAGGUGAUCUCAGAUGGAGUUUUGGACGGACGCUGCGACUGUCACAGCGGGUGUUAAGUUAGUUGCCAGCGAGGGCGGAGGCUGGACGACGCCUCUUUUCAUGAAUUCCCUCCUCAAUUUCUUCCCGUUCCUUUGCUUUCUUCCGUUUUCUCAGCCUUUCUCGGCCCCUUAUAAUUAAGCCAGCCAGGAGGCAUGGCGGCACCCACUUCCUCACUCACUCCUUGUGCUCCUCCUCUGCUUCACCCUUUCAAGGUUCCUCCAUUUAGACAAGCUAUUCCUCCCCGGUUAAGUGUCUAUCUCUCAACUCCAUCAAAAUGAACACUCAACAAGAUGGAAAUGAGUAUGAGCCAACGGUCCCCGGAUUUGAGGCCCCACCGUCCCCAGAGUCAAGCUACAACAAUGUCUUCUACAUCACAGAAGACGAGGAAAAGAAGGGCCCACCCAGGCUUCCUCCCUAUCUAAAGAGGAGCGCCCUAAAUGAAGUGAUGGUGGAAAGAGUUGGAGAGGGCUCAUCCCAGUCUGCACCCCACCCGGUGCCCAACCCCGUGGUCCUAAACCACCUGCACACCACUGCUGAAAGCAGAGCAUCGCCUUCCGAACCGGUUGCUUUGGCCACAACGCAGCGGUUCCGGUCCAAAUAUGUCACGGUCGUUCUUUUCAAACCAGCCUCGCAUAGGUGAGGUGACCGCUGCGGCGCUUCAUCAGAUUGGGGUUCGGUUUCAGAGCAGUUUUAAAUUGUUGGGUUAGGGAUGUAAUAGUUAGGGUUAUAGUGUUUAUUUUCUUGUAAGUUUAUAAUUCAAGUGAAAUAUAAACAUAAACGUUUCAGCUUUGA